UUUCGACGCGGGACGAAUCUUUGGGAGACCUGGCACCGUGUUAUUUCCCCUGCGACAAGGGAACGAAUUACCAUCAACCUUCUAUUACCUCCCUUGACAUCCAGAACCAGUGUUUCGCGUUUUUACUGCAUCGUGACGGCCAUUUGAUGGAAGAUCAGCUGUUGCUAUUGAUUCGACCUGAACAUUGAAAGAUCCCAACUUUUCCCUAAAGACAAUCCAAGAUUCUUUCAAUCUGCCAAGUGCUGGUGUCUCCCUAAAGGUGACGGAGCCAGAGAAUUUUCGAUCGAGCCUGUGUGCGUUAAUCGGAUUUCGGGACCGGGAAAAGGUGUUGCUCAGAUGAUUGGACAGUAGUGGUCAAUUAUAGCCUGUCCACUACCACCACGGAUACGCCGGUACCAUGAGCGUGAAUAAACUGAUGGAGAAGAACAAGAAGUAUCUGAAGCGCGCCAAAGAGCUGGGAUUGAAUCAGAAAGAGUUUGACAACAUUAACAGGGCAUUCUGUCUGUUCGACCAAGAUGGCAAUGGAAAGAUCAGCCGAGGAGAGAUUCGGGAGGUGGUGAAGGCGAUUGGUCGCCCCAUGUCCGAGCGAGAGAUCGAAGAGAUGAUGCGCAACGCUGACCUCGACGGAAGUGGUUACGUUGAAUUCCACGAGUUUCUUCCCCUGAUAGCUCACGAGUUUGCAGCCAAACAAGGCGUCGACAAAGAGGUGCGAGAAACAUUUCGAUCCUUUGAUCAGAAUGGUGACGGCGUCAUCACAGCUAGGGAAUUCAGAAGCGCUGUGGCCAGAUUGGGUCAAAACUUGAGUGACGCAGAAGUGGCCGAGUUCUUGAGAAGUGUGGACAAAGACGGUGAUGGAGUCAUUAGCUAUGAAGAGUUUGCAAAGUACGUUGUGUCUAACAUGUGACCUGAUUCCAAGAUUCUCAGAACCACUGUUAUAACCCCCUUCUCUUUAUUCAACAAGUGAAUAUCUUUUUAUUUUGUCUUCAUAUAUUAUUAUACACAUUGACUACAUGAAAUGGUCUUGUAUUUUGUGAUGCCACUAAAUAAGAGCAUCGAUUCUAUUUUUUAAUGACACUAUGCCCCCUUUUUUGUCUUUCUUUCCUAAAUGUGAUUUUCUGACUGUGAUUGUAUGAAUAUAGAUCUGAGUUUAGUUUAAAGUUACCAAGUAGCUCUCGUUCUAGAUAAAAGCACAUUUCGUAGGCCUAUUCCAUAUGCCACGACCAAUCCGUGUAAGGGCUCUUUCUUUACUAGUGCUAUAAGGACAUGGAUACCUGAAGCAGACAAGAAAACAAAUGGCUUAGUAGAAUUUUAAGGUCUCUAAUUCAGAGGUUGUCAAACUUUUUUUGCACCAGGGACCCCUGUAUGGUCUGAACAGUAGUGAGGGACAAACUAUCCCAUUGGAUUAACUGGAUUUUAGCGAAGAGGUUAUUUUAAAUGCAUAAAAUUUUCAUCUUUCGGACCCCUACGGUCGUCUCAUUGACCCCUGGAGGUCCGCGGACCACAGUUUGAGAACGACGGCUCUAAUUAACAUGCACGACUAGAUGAAAACAUUGAUACGCUUGGUAACGCCUGUAAUGCAUAAAAUAAGAAGAUACUAUCUAGGAAUAGGUAGUUUUUGGAACAAAGAUGUUGAAUCAUAGCUACUUUAGAAGAGGGUCGGCGAUUGGUCGUUGUGUUGGCCACGUGACACCCUGCUCGUUAACCGUUGGUCAAAGAAACAGAUGGCCUUAACAUCAUCUUCUCUAUAGAUUGCAAGGUCUGAAAAAGGGAACUUUACUUCGGGAACGGGUCAAUUUAUUUGUUUAGUGGUUUGACACCACAUGGGAAGGAGGAGGAUUCACACUUAGCUAAGCUUCGAAAGGUUUGCUGUUACUUCUAAAGAAUUCAACUAUUGUUAUAAUUGUAUGGUUCAUUUUAGGUUUCAGCUUUUUUUCCCCCAGCCAACACUCAUAAAAUGUAACUAUAGCAGUGCGGGCCCUGACGCAGUUUUUUUUAGGGAGGGGGGGGGGAGCUAGAAAGAGUUGUUAAGGCCCACCUUUAGAAAAGCCCACCACAAAACAAAUACAACCCAGACCUUGCAUUAUGCUAGGGUUAGCUAUGGCUAUUUUUUCAUUUACUUUUUGUUUUAAAGAAAUAUUUCCCUUAAAAUCAAUCUUUUAAAAGUUCUAAAAAAAAUGAGGCCCGAAUCUAGGAGGUGGCAGUGUAAUAUAGGAAAUGGAAGUAGGCCUAUAUAAUUGUGUGUAUAUGCACUUUCUCGUAUUAUGCAAAGUUAUAAAUAUAUUAACAGAAAGAUUACUUUCAUCCUUUUUAUUAUGAAGAUAUUGUUAUUAUCUGAUGUGAACUUUAUCAUCACGUUUUAUUUUUUCAAUUUAUUUCACGGAAUAAAUAUACACUAUUACAAAC